AUGAGAAACCGCUGCACUGCAACAUCAGACACGGUCUGUGCCCCCUGUCAAGAUGAAUACUUCAGUAGUGAACACAACCACAACUUCUGCAAGAGUUGUACAAUCUGCAACACUUGGACGGGGAGCGUGGAAGUGAAGAAGUGUGAGAAGACCUCAGACAGGAUUUGCAUGUGUGUUGCAGGUUACAUGCCAGUUGUCAGCCAUACACUGGGAAGUGUAUGCUCACCAUGUCCUGAAGGGUCUUAUUCUGUAGGGGGAAAUGAAAACUGUCAACCUUGGACCAACUGCAGCAGCCUUGGGAAAAACACCCUUCGACCAGGGACCAAAACAGACGAUGCUGUUUGCAGCAGCCAUGUCACACAGCCAGCUACCUCGCAGAGUGCAACACCUGCUUUGAAUCUUUCCACCACUGACCGCAAGAAUAACGCGUCGACUGCGAUGCUCUCACCAUCCAGGCCCACUGUGAUUCCUUUCCUUUGCUCGGAUACAAACAGCUCCACAGAGACUAACUGGGGGUCUUUAUCACUUAUCCUGAUUUGUCUGGUGUUGCUCAUGGUGAGUGGAAUGUCCAUCCUCCUGCUGAUUGUCCAAGCUGUCAAAAAAGAGACCAAGAAGAGGCCUUUUAGAAACAAUCCUCAGGAAAGGACUGUUGGAAUUCCUGUCCAGGAAGAACAGAUUGACUCCAAUUCUAGUCUCAUCAAAAACUGA